AUGGCCAUCAACAAGAUCGGUGACCAGUUGAAGUCCUACCUCGCUGGCCUGCUCACGGCGUACGCGAGCUCGCCCGCUGCCAAGCAGGCCAAGAAGGCAGGUGCGUCCGAGGCAGCGGAUGCGGGAAAGCGCCACGCCAGCCCGUCGGCCAUCCCCUUCGAGAAGCCGCAGGCCAAGUGGUUACAGACCGCACUGGGCGACACUUUCGCGGUUUUCGGUGAGCACAUCGAGGAGCGCUUCGUGGGCAUCGAGCAGAGCGUGGCCUCCAUGUCGGCGCAGGUCCAGGACCACGAGGGGAAGAUCGAGGAGGCCCUGAAGCUGAAGGAGACGGUGGAGAAUCUCCAGGCAGAGCUACAGACCCUCAAGGACGCGCACCACGGCAUGGCAGACGGACUGGCUGCACCGGCUGCGGGAGGGGCGCACGACGAGGCACAGAUAAGGAAGGAGAUGGAGGAUUUGAGGAAACAGGUGGAGCAGCAGACCACGAAUAUGGCUGAGGUCCCUUACGAGAUGCGCGGGGUGUGCAUCUGCGGUGGCUUGGGUUGGGACACGCCGCCAGAAACUUUACAGGAGAGGUGCUGGCAAGUCCUGCGCGAAGCCGGCUUGGAGGACAAGGUGGAGACCGUCGCGGCCACCCGGGACAUUCCUGGCUCCACCUGCGAGGUCGUGCUCCGCGACGCCGGCACGAUGGGUCCAUCUCGACUCCGGUUGAAGGCCCUCGGCAAGAUCUUCGUGGCAAACAAGAAGGUGUGGCUCGACGCGAAGCGUUCACGAGCCGAGAACGCACCGGCCCGCACGAAGCACAAGGCGAAGGAAUACCUCGAGGCAGCUGCUACCCAGGACCGUGCCGUGGUGACCCUCACGACGGAGACCAAGUUCAAGCAGAUGAAGGCCAAUGAGAUCGUCAUCGGCUAUGCCUCGGGUGCUGCAUGGGCGUGGACACCAGCGGCAACCCAAUUCUAUGCCGAGGAGCUCAGCGCAGAUGUUGCGUUGGAGGCAUUAAUUUAUGAGCUCGAGGUCGAAUGGCCGCGUUGGACUAUUGAAUUUUUGGCCGAGAGCGACGCCCACUACAAUUCAAGUUUCUCUUUGGGGCAGGCGACGCGUCAGCGCUACAUGCGGCGCUGGCCGGGCCCGGAUUCUACGCCUUUCACAGCGCUCGUUCGUGAUGCGUGGACGCCACAUUUGAAGGCCCUCAAGGCGCCGGGGCGCUGUUGCAGGGCGGAUUUCAACAUCGGCAAGGGUGCUGCCGUCUCGAUCGCCAUGGUGCACGGGGGGCACGGUGACGAGCUUCUUCCUAGCAUCGCGGAUGCAACCGCUCUGGCCAAUGCACGUCCCAGACGAAAUUGCCUCAUGCUCAUCGGCGACAUGAACGUCGAUCUUUUACCCACUCCCCCCGCAGAUCCCCGCGCUGGCUCGCCACGCGGGAGCCGCAGACACCAGGGGGAUCGGAAGCACCUCCACAGCUUUCUGGACACAUGCAAGAUACGAUGUAAGCUGCGCGACAUCGAUUCUUUCACUGGGAACUUUCCCGCCUCGCCCACGCACUCCCGUGCAGCAUCGAUGACGCGAAUGCCCCCGCCAGGAACGACAGCGCAGCCGUCCCUGAUUGGCCGUGUCGCUUCGGAUGGAUGCGUUCGUGCCGUCCGCGGAUGCCGGGCAGAUUCCUAUUCGGGCCAUGCGGCAAUCGCUGCCGUCGCAGACGUCGGCCUGGCGACGCGGGCGAUCGCGGGCCCCUCGACGUGGAGAUGCCGGGGCGGCCAGGCCGCCGUCGCGCGGGCGAAGACGCGCGCGCCUCAGACCUUCCAGAACACCGCUGACCUCAUGGCCUGGGUCGCCCAGAUCCAGCGCGAGAGCGCCGACAGCCGUGCAUGCGCAGCCCGCCGGGGCGCCGGGGAACCUCCGGCGGUCAAGGAGCUACGACGCCGCGCCAGGGCGGCCACAGACAGGCGCCAGCAGCAAUGGCUUCGGAGGGAACUGCAUACAGCCCGCGUCGCUUGGCUCACCGCGCUUCGACAGAUCCGCCAAGCGCAACGACGGAACGCAGGCAGGGUGAACUGGAAGUCCAAGAAGUUCCUACCGCUCCGAGCCAUGCAAUCACCAGGCGGAGGUGGGGCCGUCGACCACCAGGAGUGGGCUUCCAUGAUCGAGGCCGAGUUCCGCGCUUUGUGGCGGUGCGGCAACCCGCGCCUCUUGAGCGUGCAGAACGACUUCCUGCGAUCAUGUGGCAACGCCAGCAUGACCUUCCCCAAGAAAGAGCUCGCAGAUGCGCUCGCGGGCCUCCGCCAUGCAGCGAUUAUGGACAACGGCGGCAUCGCGGUCGCAGCCCCCCAGCUCCUCUACGAGGCCAGGCCGGGCGCCGUGCGCAAGGUCCGCACCAUACUUCCCUUGCCAGUGGUGCUGGCGGUCUUCGACUACCUCUUGGCAAAGCGCGUGCACGACAUCGUCGACAGGUGCGCGGCCCGUGUCUUGCCGGCCGCGUCGAUUUCGCCGUGCCUGGAGUGCGCCAAGAGCAGGCGCCAGACGUUAGAUGCCGUUCAUCCGCUGGCGCUCGUGAUCGAGAGAGGCAUGGGCGACGAAUCCAAGGGCUGCGCCUGUCAGCAGGAUAUGCGGAAGUACUGCGACGCCCUGCGAGCGGCUCGCGUCGCCAGGUGGCGUCGGGGCGAAACCGGUUCGUCUGGCGAGGCCGCCACCCUGGUGAAGUUGCAUGCUUGCCCACUCGUCGUGCUCAGCGUGGGGUCUGCUUUCGCAGCGCUGAGGGCCCGCGCCGUCGGUGUGCGCACUGGCUCCCAGAGCGCCGGCGCAGCCGGGCGCCUCCCUCUGCUGGGCGUGGCGUCUCAGCGCGUGCAUUACUGGCAGUCCCUCGGCUUCGAAGGCACAGGGUUAGCAUCUUUCGUUGGCGACCUCCUCGCAGCGUCUCGGGAUCCGUCCGCCGCCAUCCGCAUUCAGGGCGAUUGCGCGGAGCAGCUCAGUCGGCGCUGGAACGCGCAGAUCGGGGAGGACUCCCGGGAAUACCUCAUUUGCAAGGGCGGGCGCGACAACGCAUAUAUAGUCUCGCCGCACAGCUGGGACAAGAAGGAGUGCAUGAAGACGCUGGGCCACAUAAUUGACAACGGUUGUGGCAUCACCUCGUGCUACGCGGCGGCCGCGGCGGCGAUGCUCCGAGCGCUCUUCGGCAAUCUGCGCCGGGCAAACAAGGGUGCGAAGCUCCGGCUCCUGACCAGCGGCGUAUUGAGCAUAGCUAACAGCCUCGACCGCCUGCAGCGCAAGCCCCUUGCCAUCGCCUUCGACGUCCGGCCGGCGCCGAACGAGGAUUGGGGCGCCUUCGUGUUACGGCGCCGCGCGAUCGCCCAGUCUCUGGCCGCGCGGGCCGGGCGUUGGAGCCAGGCGCGGGCGAAGGCGCCCGUGUCGCGGGGCGCCCGCGUCCGCCGCGGGCGCGACGUGCAGGCUUGGGCGCCGCGCGUGCUCGGCUAUCGCGGCGCGGAGUGGCUGAGCUGGCAGCGCCUGAUC